AUGACUCGUGGCGCUGCUACCCUUCCAAUGUUCCAGGAACAAUGUCUGGCCGGUCAUGGGGAUCCCACUUUGGGGUUGACACCUCCUUCUCCCCGGCAGAUAUUGAAGAUAGCUUCGAACCUUAAGUAUCUAGUGGACAAGGUUAUCCCAACGGUCUAUGACGUCGAGGAAGUGACAUGUCCGCACUCUCGAAUUAUCAAUCAGGAUGUCAUCAAGCUUGUUAGGGAGGCUUGCGGUGGUAAUCCCAAGGAUAAGAAGAGCCUGCAGAAGUACCGGUCUGUACUUCUGUUUGCAUUGCUGAAGGUUUCUUCCUGGUAUAUGGAGCUGGCGGCUCAGGAGCUGUACAGUGCCCCUCUGUACGAGCUGCGAUCGGUUGCGGCUCAGCAUCUAUGCAAGGUUGUAAUUGAACAUGAAGAGAAGGUCGAUCUGCAGUUUCUGUUUAUGCAGAUGCUACUGAGAAGAUAUGUGAUUAACGAGAAUGACGAGGAUAGCGAACCUGCAAGCGUGUUGGAAUUGGCCGCGGAUAUGCAUGCUACCGUGGUGAUCGGUUCCAGCGGCUUUCAACGCUGUCUGAAGUGGUUGUGGAGAGGGUGGAUCAUACAGUCUAGAGAUGACGCUACGAUCUUUGUCAAGGACGAAUCUAUUGCAUCGAUUUCUUUAAAAGAUCAUUUUGACCCUGAAAGGAUCAAGACCCCAAUGUAUCAGAAUAUUCUCCAGAUAAUCUUCUCCUUCUUGUUUUUGUUUCUAUACACUAUGGUGGUUAACGAUAAAGACUCAGCUCGAGUGCAGAGCCUAGAUUCAAAGGAGAUUAUUUUUUACCUCUUCACCCUGGGGUACGUUAUCGACGAAGCUUUCAAGCUAUACUAUGUUGGAACAGCUUACUUUUCCUUUUGGAAUGCCUUUAAUGACACUUUAUAUACCAUAAUUGGGAUGUCCAUGAUACUGCGCUUUAUCAGUCUUGGUCCGAUCAAAACCGAAAAGCCUGCGGAGUACUGGGACAUGAUAUCCUAUAGAAUACUUUCGUGUGCUGCGCCUUUCGUUUGGUCUAGACUGCUGCUCUUCCUCGAAUCUGUUCAGUUCGUGGGUUUAAUGCUGAUAAUUAUCAAACAUAUGAUGGCAGAAUCCCUGGUAUUCUUUGUGUUGUUGUUUUUGAUGAUGUUUGGUUUUCUACAAGGAUUCAUUGGACUUGACUCUUCGGAUGGUAAUAGCGAUAUUACCAAAGAUAUUUUGACCAAUCUGGUGAUAACUGUCCUUGGGGACGGCAGCUUCGAAACGUUCCAAGACUUUGCUCCUCCUUACGCGGCCAUUCUUUAUUACGGAUACCGAUUUAUCGUCACCGUCAUUUUGCUGAACAUUCUAAUUGCUUUGUAUGCAAACGCUUACCAGCGAGUGGUGGACAAUAGUGGCGACGAAUACAUGGCUCUCAUGUGUCAAAAAACCUUACGAUUCAUCCGGGCGCCCGAUGAGGAAGUUUAUGUACCGCCUUUGAAUAUUAUCGAGGUGUUUGUUCAUCCAAUCUUGAGCUCGAUGUCGGCGAAGAGUGGAAAAAAGUGGAAUCGCAUCAUAAUGUCAAUUCUGUACAGUCCCGUUCUUUUUGUUGUCGCGGUGAAGGAGGUACGCAUUGCGAGACGUAUCCAAUAUAAUCGAAUGAGGCAUCUCCAAGAUGACGCCAAUGAAAGCGAUCAAGCAUGGGACUUGACUGACGGAUUCGUGGAAACUAGACAUGAUAUUUUCUUCCAAAAUUCGAACUCAGGCGUUCAUGCCACACGUAAAAAGAAUGAAGAGUCCUUAAAGAAACAGCGUGAAGCAGAAAGUGCUGACCCACACUUUUCUGUAUCGAAGGAAUGGUACGGAAAGGUCAAAAAAUCUGUCCAGCCUGUUCAGGAAGGUUUUCAAACUGGUAUCGGCUGGGAAUCCUAUAAGCUCUACAACGAAGUGCAAUCAAGAUAUGAGAAAUCGGAGCAAAAAAUCGAGGAAUUGAGCAAUACUCUCAGAGAGCUUGUUGAGUCACUUAAGGAAUUAAAAUUGGAAAAGCAGGAAUAG